AUGGACGGGAUUUCAAGUACACCGGUCGAAAACUCUGUGCAAUUUUUAAAGUUACGUUAUCGAUAUAAAUCACAUCUCUUAGAGGAUAGUCGUUUGGCCAAAGCAGCCGGGUUAGCCGCUCAACAAGAACUGUUGCUGAAAAGUCCUGCCCCUGAUACUUGGAAAGAACCACGUUUAAAAUCGGUGAACCGACAAUUACGACAAUGGACGAAAAAAUUAGUCAGCCUGGAGGGACACGCGGUAUAGGACGUGAUGAAGACGACACAGAUGACGAGGAUGAACGUAAUUUAGCCGUAGGUCCUUGGCAACAAUUCAUGGGAAAUAUCGCCAAAAUUCAAAAAGGUAUAAGAAGGAAAGCAAUUGCUGCUACACCGCAGACACCCAUUCCACCGGCUCUAAAACAGUCUCCCCACACUCCGCCCAGCGGGAAAAAACCCAAGCUUUCCUUUAAAACUGGGUCCAAAGGAAAGCGUUUAUUACCCAAGACUCCCAAAAGCAAAACACCCAAAAGGAAACCGUCUUCUGCUUCGUCUACUUACAAGAGAGCUGAAACGUUUUUGGAAGAAUUAGCCGCAGAAUUACCGUUUUCAGAACAGGUAGGCGAAUCUCCUUGGAAAAGUCCGGGUGAAUUAUCCAGAGACAGUCUCAGAGCCAUAAGAAGACGUACACGCAAAUCCCAGAGUGAGGAACGAAAAAAAGACUGUUAA